GGCCUGGGAUUCCCCCGGAGGGGAGGGCACUGUUUGUCCUUGGGCGGAGAGGGGAGGUGACUCCGGCCGAAGAGGAGGACGCAGAAUGAGGGUCCUGCGGGUCUCCCAGGCGCUGAUUCGCUCCUUCAGCUCAACCGCCCGGAACCGCUUCGAGAACCGAGUGGCGGAGAAACAGAAACUCUUCCAGGCGGACAAUGACCUCCCAGUGCACUUGAAGGGCGGGGCAACCGACAACGUCCUGUACAGACUGACUAUGGCGCUGUGCCUAGGAGGUACUGUCUACAGUUUGUACUGCCUUGGCUGGGCCUCCUUCCCCCACAAGAAGUGAGACCAAGAAGCUUGGAGGACCUAGGGUACUUGGACAAGCAUCAAUAAAUGUGUUGGCCUGUU